AGGGUAAAGAAACAAGUAUGGCGGCGUCCAGUGUUUUCAGGUCGGGCUUGUUCAACCACAAAGUUGCAAUAGUGACGGGUGGAGGGACCGGUAUCGGCAAAGCUAUCUCUGCGGAGCUGCUGGAGCUGGGUUGCAGUGUGGUGAUCUCCAGCAGGAAGGCAGAGAGGUUGGAGGCAGCUGCUCAGGAGAUGAGACAAAAAAUCCCUUCCUCCAGCCCUGCCAGUGUCACUCCUGUACAGUGUAACAUUCGAAACGAGGAUGAGGUGAAGGCCCUCGUAUCGUCUGUGCUGAAGCAGCACGGCAGGAUAGACUUCCUGGUGAACAAUGGAGGAGGUCAGUUCAGCAGCCCAGCAGAGCACAUGUCCUCUAAAGGCUGGAAAGCCGUGAUAGACACCAACCUCACUGGAACCUUUCACUGCUGCCAGGAGGUCUACACCGCAUGGAUGAAACAGCACGGAGGUGUGAUCGUCAACAUCAUCGCUGACAUGUGGAAAGGUUUUCCAGGCAUGGCCCACACAGGAGCAGCGAGGGCAGCAGUGGACAACUUAACAAAGAGCCUGGCCAUCGAGUGGGCAGCCUCAGGAGUGCGAGUCAACUCUGUUGCACCCGGUACAAUCUUUUCCAAAACUGCGAUGGAGAACUACAAGGAGUUUGGGUCCCAUCUCUUCAAGAUGUCUGUUCCGUUCAGCCCUGCAAAGAGGCUGGGAGUACCAGAAGAGAUCUCAUCAGCAGUGUGUUUCCUGCUCUCUCCUGCUGCCUCCUACAUCUCUGGAGCCACCCUGAGGGUUGAUGCAGGACAGAGCCUGUACCACUCCAUGUGGGAGAUACCCAACCACAGCGCAUGGCCUGCAGCUCCAGAGGGGGAGAACCUGGAUGCUCUGAAGGACCUGCUCAACCCACAAAGCAAACUCUAAUCCCCUUUUUGUGGCAUAGUCUGAGCCCAUGCACACACGCACACGCUUGACCAACAAGCAUCAUGGACAUGGAGCUCAGUACAGGCACCACAAGCACUGUCAAAGAGACAUGACACCAUGGUGGCCUUGUUAUAAGAUGAUGUGAUUUAUUAUACAAAUCAUGUAUAUAAUUGUAUGUAAUUAAUAGCAGUGUGAGUUUGUGAGUCGUUUCCUGGAAAUAAGUUGAUACGUCAUAGAAUAUUUUUUUCUAUGCCUUUUGUAAGUCAGUAAAUACACAUUAAGUGCUUUUUAACACAGUUACGACAAAGAAUUCAACAAGUGGAGAUAAAAGUUAUAAACAACAGCAAAUGAAUACAAAACAACAGUGUAAGAGCCAUGAAUGAGUUUGAAGGGAUUUUUCUAGGUGUGUUGGUUGAAAUAUUUGUUUUGUUAUUGUUUAGCUUUGUGUGAUUCUGUUGAUGAGGGAAUAUGUAGGUCAAGUGGAUAUGGGCGGGGAUGUUAAGUUAACAUAAGCACCUGCUCAUCUUUUUUUUGGAGUGUGUGGCUAGAGAGUGAGGGAGGGUGAGCAGGGUCGCUGUAUUUUUUGUUGACCGCUAUUUCCUUUGAUCACUGUGAUCACUUUAAUUAUGCGUUUGUACACGAUAUAAUAAGUUGAUCAUUCUUUUCCGUAAAUAA